AUGACUUUGACUGAAAAGGUUAAGGAUUUAGAAACAGAAUUGAAUUUUUCUAGAGAACAACUUGGUAGGAAUUCUAGCUCUAAGCUUGAUAACAUGUUGAGUGUCCAAAAAUCUUCUUCUAACAAGACUGGAUUAGGAUAUGUUGAGAAUGGUGAUGAGUAUCAGAUCACUAAGAAAGUAGUGGUUGAUGCUCUCUCUAUUACUAUUGUCCGUAACCCAACAUAUCCAUACACUGAUCCUCCCUCUCUCAAUGAUGUCAUGCCACUUCUAUAUGGAAAACCAAUGACAUGGGCAAAUAAUCCUAGAAUUGACAUUAGUGAACUGGCCGAAGAUCUUAAAGUAUCUAGGGUUUGUUUUUUCCUUGUUUUAUUUUUGAGUGCUAUAUAUACACUCAAAUCCUUUCACCUCUUCAUCGCCACAAACAAUCAACCAGUCAUGGCAUCUCUUCACUCACUUCUCUCAUUCGCUGCAUUGGCAACUACAUUCUCUGUUGUUUUUCUUUGUAGCUUCUCUCUUAUUGAGGCUUCCAAUGGGGGCUUUAGUGUGGAUCUAAUCCACCGUGACUCUCCAAACUCUCCCUUCUAUGACCCUUCAGAAACUCCUUCACAGCGCAUAGCCAAGGCUUUGCGUCGUUCCAUUAACCGUGUCAAUCAUUUUAAGCCAACUUCUUCACUCUCUACCAAUGCAGCUCAAGCAGAUAUAAUCUCAAAUCGAGGUGAAUACCUCUUGAAAUACUCUGUUGGUACACCACCAGUCCAAAUCCUAGGCAUUGCUGAUACUGGUAGUGAUUUGAUUUGGCUACAGUGCAAGCCUUGCAAUGACUGCUACAAGCAAACAGCUCCACUUUUUGAUCCUACAAGGUCAAGAACGUACAAAGAAGUUUCAUGCUCUUCAUCCCAAUGUCAGUCUCUAAAAGGAACCUCAUGCUCAGGCAGCGAUGAUUCAAGUUGCUCAUACUCCGUUUCUUAUGGCGAUCAAUCUUUCUCAAAUGGAGACCUUGCUGUUGACACUCUCACUCUGGGAUCAACUACAAGCCGCCCUGUGCCUCUCCCUAAAACUAUCAUAGGGUGUGGACACAAUAACGGUGGAACCUUCAAUGCAAACGGUUCUGGGAUUGUUGGCCUUGGAGGCGGCGCGGUUUCUCUUGUUUCCCAAUUGGAUUCUUCAAUUGAUGGCAAAUUCUCCUACUGCUUGAUUCCGUUAACUUCCCAAGGCGAUACCACAAGCAAAUUGAAUUUCGGUAGUAAUGCUGUGGUUUCGGGUUCUGGAGCCAUGUCUACUCCCAUAGUCCCCAAAGAUAUUGACACCUUCUACUACCUAACACUCGAAGCAAUUAGUGUAGGCAGAAACAGAAUCGAAUUGACCAAGCCUUCCCAAUCCGGAGAUUCAGCAGAGGGCAAUAUUAUCAUUGAUUCAGGCACAACAUUGACAAUAUUGCCAUCAGACUUGUACCCCGAUUUUGAAUCAGCAGUAAAAGCCGAAAUUGAUUUAGCACCUACUGAAGACCCGAGUGGAGUUCUAAGCCUUUGCUACGAGUCAUCAUCAGAUGAUUUUAGCGGUCCAAGUAUCACAGCUCAUUUCACCGGUGCAGAUGUGAAUCUGAGUUCGAGCACUACCUUCAUCAGAGUAGAUGAGCAAGUUGUGUGCUUGGCUUUCGUUGCUGCAUCAGAUGAACCAGGGUCAAUCUCCAUUUUCGGUAACUUGGCCCAAGCCAACGUGUUGGUAGGCUAUGACGUUGUGAAGAGAACUGUGUCUUUCAAGCCAACGGAUUGCACAAAGCUUUAA